UUUUGUAGCUUAGUAUUCUUUGAUAAAACCACAUAAAAUUUACACUUUUACAAAUUGAGGUAAGGUUAGAAAAACGUUUCUAUUCUUUCAGUUUACAUUAGAGCAUUGUGCAAUCAUACUUAAUUUGGUAUUUCGUUGUAUAUUACAAAUAUGAAUACGAAAGAAAAAGAAAAAUAUAUAGAAGAGUUCGAUUUUCCUCAUUGUGAUGAAUCUUCUAAAUAUGAAAAAGUCGCAAAAAUUGGCCAAGGCACUUUUGGUGAGGUUUUCAAAGCUAGAGAUAAAAAAAAUAGCAAAAAGUUUGUAGCAAUGAAAAAAGUACUGAUGGACAAUGAAAAAGAAGGAUUUCCCAUUACUGCUCUUAGAGAAAUCAGAAUAUUACAACUACUCAAGCAUGAAAAUGUGGUAAAUCUAAUUGAAAUUUGUCGAACAAAAGCUACUCAAUUUAACCGAUAUCGUUCGACGUUUUAUCUUGUAUUCGAUUUUUGUGAACAUGACCUCGCAGGACUGCUAUCAAACGUUAACGUUAAAUUUAGUUUAGGAGAAAUUAAAAAAGUUAUGCAGCAGCUACUGAACGGACUGUAUUAUAUUCAUAGUAAUAAGAUUCUUCAUAGGGAUAUGAAAGCAGCUAAUGUUCUUAUAACGAAAAAUGGUAUUUUAAAAUUAGCUGAUUUUGGAUUAGCUAGAGCAUUUAGUGUAAGUAAGCCAGGUUUAGCUAAUAGGUAUACAAAUCGAGUUGUCACACUUUGGUAUCGACCACCUGAAUUAUUGCUAGGAGAUAGAAAUUAUGGCCCUCCUGUAGAUCUUUGGGGAGCUGGAUGUAUCAUGGCAGAAAUGUGGACGAGAUCACCCAUUAUGCAAGGAAAUACUGAGCAACAGCAACUCACAUUAAUAUCUCAACUUUGUGGUUCUAUUACUCCUGAAGUUUGGCCGGGAGUUGAAAAUCUUGAACUCUUUAAUAAAAUGGAACUACCGAAGGGUCAAAAGAGAAAAGUGAAAGAAAGACUGAAACCUUACGUUAAAGAUGCUUAUGCAUGUGAUCUUUUAGAUAAGUUAUUAAUUCUCGAUCCUGUGAAAAGAUUUGACGCAGACUCUGCAUUAAAUCAUGAUUUUUUUUGGACUGAUCCGAUGCCUUGUGAUUUAAGUAAAAUGUUAGCACAGCAUACACAGAGUAUGUUUGAGUAUUUAGCGCCACCGCGAAGGCCAGGACAUAUGCGUCAUCCACAUCAUCAAGUUCCUGGAGGUCCAACGAGACCUAGUUCGAGUAUGGCAGAUAGUGGUUAUCAAGAUCGUGUGUUUUAAAAUCAUGGGAUGGGUUAGAAGUAUAGAUUUGUACUGAAAAAAAAACAAUUUAAAUUUAAGAAUGAAUUUUAAUGAUCAACAAUAGAAAACAAAAGCAAAUACAUAUGUGAAUGUGUCGACUCAAUAGAUCAGCUGGUUUUAUUGUUCACUAUUUUUUAUUCAUAAUAGUUUUUUAAUUACUGUUGAAACCUAAUGUAAAUUUACUGUAAUUUACAACAUAAAACAUUUGCUAC